CGGGCUGGCGAGGCCGCGUCACCCGGCGGCCAGCGGAGAGAAGAGCGAGGCGGAGCUCCGAGGCUCGCCUGAGGAGACUCGGCGGCCUGGGCUCCGGGGCCCGGGAACCGGGAUAAGCAGGCCGGCCGCCGCGGCGGAGGGGGGCGGGCUGGAGCGUGGCCCCGCGCUGGUCAUCCGGGUUCCGGGGCCCGGCGGAGGCCGCGCCGGGAGCGAGAGGGAAGUGCGGCCGCCCUGGAACCUGGAUAUCGCGCGAGGCAAGCCGCGCGCGGGCGGGCUAUGGCGCAGGCGGGUUGCGGGGCCGGCGCUGGUGGCAGGGCCCGGUGCAUGGUGGUCUGUCGGCGGAGUCGCCCUCGGGGGCUGUCAGAUUGGUGACCCAGAAGGAAAUCUGUGACCUCAGUGGUGACCAGAAGCCAACUUCAUGUCUGAAGGCACAAGUGGCAGUUUGUCAUGGAAAGCCUGGGGCUGCAAACGGUGAGGCUCAGUGAUGGGACAACAGCCUACGUCCAGCAGGCUGUCAAAGGGGAGAAGCUGCUUGAAGGGCAAGUGAUCCAGCUGGAGGACGGGACCACUGCGUACAUUCACCAGGUGACGAUACAGAAAGAGUCUUUCUCCUUUGAAGAUGGUCAGCCCGUGCAGCUGGAAGACGGCAGCAUGGCCUACAUACACCACACACCCAAAGGCCUAACCUCGUGUGCCCUGUAGAGGGCUGUGACCCCAGCGCCCUGGAAGCUGUCCAGCUGGAAGACGGUUCCACUGCCUACAUCCAUCACCCUGUGCCUGUGCCGUCGGACAGCGCCAUCCUGGCUGUGCAGACGGAGGCGGGCUUGGAGGACCUGGCAGCGGAAGACGAGGAAGGCUUCGGCACGGACACAGUGGUGGCCCUGGAGCAGUAUGCCAGCAAGGUUCUGCACGAUAGCCCUGCUUCCCACAAUGGCAAAGGGCAGCAGGUUGGAGACCGAGCUUUCCGCUGUGGCUACAAGGGCUGUGGUCGUCUCUACACCACUGCCCAUCACUUAAAGGUCCACGAACGAGCUCACACAGGGGACCGCCCAUACAGGUGUGACUUUCCCAGCUGUGGAAAGGCCUUUGCAACAGGCUAUGGGCUAAAAAGUCAUGUUCGUACUCACACGGGUGAGAAACCAUACAAGUGCCCAGAGGAGCUGUGCAGCAAAGCCUUCAAGACCUCAGGGGACCUGCAGAAACACGUGCGGACCCACACAGGUGAGCGCCCAUUCCGGUGCCCUUUUGAGGGCUGUGGCCGCUCCUUCACCACAUCAAAUAUCCGCAAGGUACAUGUGCGCACCCACACAGGCGAGCGGCCCUACACCUGCCCCGAGCCCCACUGUGGUCGUGGCUUCACCAGCGCCACCAACUACAAGAAUCAUGUGCGCAUCCAUACAGGUGGGCCAGCUGGUGUGUGAGGAGCCCCUCCCCAGACCCCACCUCCCCCUUCUGUGGGCUUCUGAUCGGGGACCUCUCAGCUCCAGCCUUCUCUGCCAGCCAGCCACUCCAGGCUGGGCAGGGGUGGGUACCCCAAAUGCUGUCUCACCUACCAUGAGCAGUGCCCCAUUGGUAGCUGGGUCUAGUCCGACAGUCCUGUUCGCCUCUGUAGAGUAGGACAGCUCCUAGCCGCACUUGGAUGGAAAUGUCACCUGUGUCUCCUUCAAGCAUCUACUCUGCACGUGACUCUGGGGUCCAGUCUCCAGUGCCAGCCCCUGUCUAGCUUCCCGCCAUCUCUCAGCCAUUUCUCCCAUCCUGACACUGUGUUCUUUACCCCACUGUCUCUCCUCUUAUGCCUGCAACUCUUAGCCCCGUACCCCACCAUUGCAGUGUCUGCCCUCACUCCCCUUCUCUAAGUGCCCCUUACUCUUUCCACCUUGUCUCUGGGUGCGGAGGUCCCAAUCUCGUGCCCUCCUGUCUUCCACAGGCCAUCUUCCCCAACUCCUGCCCCCAAGUCUCAGUUCUCAGCCCUUUCCCCUGGCUUUCCUGUCACCAGUCCUGUCCCCAACCCUAUCCCCUUAGCUUCCCCCUUGCCAGCCCCAGUUCCCACCCCCCUCACAGCCCAGUGUCCCCAGGGGAGAAGCCAUACGUUUGCACGGUGCCAGGCUGCGGAAAGCGCUUUACGGAGUACUCGAGCCUGUACAAACACCACGUGGUGCACACACAUUGCAAGCCCUACACGUGCAGUAGCUGUGGCAAGACCUACCGGCAAACCUCCACCCUGGCCAUGCACAAGCGCAGCGCACACGGGGAGCUGGAGGCCACGGAGGAGAGCGAGCAGGCCCUGUAUGAGCAGCAGCAGCUGGAGGCCGCCUCUGCUGCUGAGGAAAGCCCCCCACCCAAACCAACCCACAUUGCUUACCUUUCGGAAGUGAAGGAAGAGAGCAGUGCCAUCCCAACCCAAGUAGCCAUGGUGACGGAGGAGGAUGGGCCCCCUCAGGUGGCUCUGAUCACUCAGGACGGUACCCAGCAGGUCAGCCUGUCCCCAGAAGACCUGCAGGCCCUGGGGAGUGCCAUCAGUGUGGUGACACAGCACGGCAGCACCACCCUCACCAUCCCCGGUCAUCAUGAAGAACUAGCCACAUCUGGCACACACACGGUCACCAUGGUCAGCGCUGAUGGCACGCAGACUCAGCCCGUCACAAUCAUUACCUCUGGGGCCUUGGUGACUGAGGACUCAAGCGUGGCGUCUCUUCAUCACCAACAGGUGGCGCUGUUGGCCACAGCCAACGGAACACACAUCGCAGUGCAGCUGGAGGACCAGCAGACCCUGGAGGAGGCCAUAAGCGUAGCCACUGCUGCUAUGCAGCAAGGGGCUGUGACCCUGGAAACCACAGAGAGCGGCUGCUGAGCCCAAGAGGACCAGCUCCCACACCACACUGGAGAAGGCUCCAUGCUCACAGGCAGCCCUGCCUCCGGGGCCCCCAGCCACAGCUGACCCCAAGAAGAUGGCCGCAUAGGCCUCAGGGGUGAUGAGGCAACAGGAAAAUGGCCUCUAGUGGAAAGGUCUGUGGGCUACACCCAAGAUGAGGGCCAGGCAGCAGGCAGUCGACACUGAGCUUGGUCACCAGGCUGCCAGACACCUGCGUCCCUCCCUUGGCAGGAUAUUAUUCCUGCUCUGUCCACUCCCUUCCUCAGGGAGGUGGUGACUAGGUGGACGAGGACUGGCCUCCACCCUGGCUGCUAGUACCACCAGGGGAAAGGCCGACAGCUUUCAGCCCAGCGCCUCCCAGCAAUAACCGUCUCCUGGGGCUACGGUGGCCAAGAUGCCUAGCCACUUGGCACCAGGGACUUCCCACCACCACAGUCAGAAUUAAUUCCUCAGGGGCCUGUGGCUGGAGUGAAGGUGCCUCUUCGCUUGUCUGUGGCAGAGAGGCAAGCGAGUGGCCUGUACCCAGACUGCUGGGGACUGGGUUUCAUUUGUUUUGUGGUUUGGGUUUUUAAUCCUAUUUUGAUAAUUUUUUUUCCUGCUCUGGGUGGUGGUGGCAAACGGGCGGAUGAGUAUUUAAUAAAAGUUGCAAGUUUCCA